ACCCCACACUCAAUUAAAGACAAAUUGGUACCACACACAUAUUCAAAUAUUCAACACAAACUCGUUGAACACAACAUUCUUUCAAUUAAACACAGUCAAAUAUCUCAACACACACCUACUGCAUGUGGAAAUGGAGACGACCGCGCCGCGCAACCAUCCCACAUUAAAACAGCUCAUGCACAACGACGGCGACGGCAACGGAGUCGCCCCUCGGCGGAAGCCUCCAAUACACAAACACAAUGAAGAAGAAGUGAAGUUAGCUGCCUUAGCAAUCAGCUUCAACAUGCGGCUGAGGUCCGCCGACAUGCCCUUACCCAUGCAAGAGCGCGCCCUCCGCCACGCCCGAGCCCUCCUCGACGCCGCCGCCCGCCGCCGCCGCCCCAAUCCCACCCUCCUCGCCCGCUCCCUCAAGAAGGAAUUUGACUCGGUGUAUGGGCCGGCGUGGCACUGUGUGGCCGGGAAGAGUUUCGGAUCGUUCGUGACUCACACACCGGGUGGAUUUCUCUACUUCUCGGUUGACUCGCUUUCCUUUCUACUUUUCAAGACGGAGGUUCAUCCCAUCUCACAAACAUCUUGAUUAUGUUGAGUCUAAAUACACACACAAAAUUUUCUUUGUGAUUUUUUGUAUAAACUAAACAUAUAAUUUCCAAUACAGAAUUUUCAAUUGUUUUGAUUUAACAUGCCUAAACGGAUUAAUUUGGAGAUGUGGGUUUCAAAUGUUUACAUGGAAUGUGGUAGGAAAUUGCAUUAAAUUGCCUGAAGUUGACAAUCAUGUCAACAAAUACCAGUUUGGUAAUUUAUGUUAUUUGGAUUUUGGAGGCAGAAUUUUUAGUUUAUGUACAAAAAUUUGUAUAUUUAGACACAAUUAUUAUCCUUUUCA